UAUACAAAACUGCACUAGCUAGCAGCCAAUCUUAUCUUCUUAAAUUUCGUGCAGCUCUAAAGCUAUUCGAGAUAGGCCUAUAAUAAGGCAAAAAGCUAACUGGAGUGGUGUUUCAGGAUAACAAGUCAACAGUUCCUACCUCCACGCGUUAAAUUUUGGAGAUGCAGAUCGCAUAUCCUUUUGAUAUAUAGAGUGUAAAUAUUUGACACCUACAUUCCAGCAAAGACUUGUGAACUUUUGUUCAUGAUGAAGACUGUACAAGCUCUCCUCUUCUCUCUGUUCUUGAACACCGUGUAUUGCUUGCCAGGUUGUGAUUACAGUUAUCCAACGUACCCUUGUGAUGUGAAUUCCGAGUUUUGCAACCCACAUGGGUCGGUACAUCCGACAUUGUGUGUCUGCAGGAAGGGAUACGAGGAGUAUGAAAAAUCCGGAAAUAACGGCAUAAAGUGUAAAGAUAUUGAUGAAUGCACCACCUGGACUAGAACUUGUAAACCAUCCUUUGACUGUGUAAACACAAAUGGCUCGUACACAUGUGUCUGCGCUGAGGGCAGCAUGGAAAUUUAUGGAACAUGUGAGAAAUGUGAUUUCAAAGUUCCUUGCGGUCUAAACUCCAGCUAUUGUAAAGACAAACUGGGAGGUUGUGUCUGUGCAAAAGGGUUCAUUCCUAUAGAGCAACAGACCGGAGAAGAGCUGAAUUGUGAAGGUAAAUUGAUAGUAGACUAA